GAAAGGAUAGAGUGUAAAAUAUCUUCGAUGUUAAUUUUUGUUAACAAAUAUAUUAAAUCGGUGUUCAUCGAUUAUGAGGAAAAAAAGAGUGAUAAAUGAUCACCGAUGAAUUUUUCACUGUGUAUAAAAUAUAGAUGAUCGAUCGAGAAGCUUGCAUUUUUGAAAUUGAGAUUGCUUCAAUUCGAUGAAAUAUUUCAAUCUUUUUUUUUUUUUUGGAAUUUGAGUGGCAGAUCGGAUAGUUGAUGCAUUGAGCUUGAUUUUAUUUUAUUUCGUGAGGUGGAAUCGGUUUUUCGAGCUAAGAAGCAAUGAAUAACGGCAGUGCGGAAGAAGCAAUGGCUCCGGUGGGAGGAUCACAACCGUUGGAGUGGAAAUUUUCGCAGGUGUUUGGAGAGCGGACUGCUGGAGAGGAAAUACAGGAAGUUGAUAUCAUAUCCGCCAUUGAAUUUAAUAGAACUGGCGAUCACCUUGCUACCGGGGACCAAGGAGGUCGAGUGGUUUUGUUUGAAAGGACAGACACUCGAGAUCAUGUUGGGCGUCGGAGAGAUCUAGAGAAGAUGGAUUAUCUAAUCAAUAGGCACCCCAUGUUUCGCUAUAAAACAGAGUUUCAAAGCCACGAACCUGCGUUUGACUAUCUCAAGAGCUUGGAAAUUGAGGAGAAAAUUAACAAAAUCAGGUGGUGCCAGUCAGCUAAUGGCGAUCUUUCUCUUUUGUCGACUAAUGAUAAAACAAUUAAGUUUUGGAAGGUACAAAAGAAGAAGGUCAAAAAAGUAUGUAAGAUGAAUGUGGACUCCACCAAAGCCAGGGGAAAUGGUCCUAUUGUUGGUUCAAGUAUAUCAACAAGCUCCAAACAAAACAUUGCAAAUGGAGGAUGCACAAGCAAUGACUUUUCAUUCCCAACUGGCGGUUUCCCAUCUUUGCGUUUACCUGUGGUAACUAGUCAUGAGACAAACCUUAUGGCCAAAUGUCGAAGAAUAUAUGGUCAUGCUCAUGACUAUCACAUUAAUUCCAUAUCCAAUAACAGUGAUGGUGAAACUUUUAUUUCGGCUGACGAUCUGCGAAUUAAUCUCUGGAACCUUGAAAUUAGCUGCCAAAGUUUUAACAUCGUUGAUGUGAAGCCUGCAAACAUGGAGGACUUGACUGAGGUGAUAACUUCAGCAGAAUUUCAUCCUAUACACUGUAAUAUGUUAGCUUACAGUAGUUCAAAGGGUUCAAUUCGUCUUAUUGAUAUGCGACAGUCUGCGUUGUGUGAUAGACACAGUAAAUUGUUUGUGGAACAAGAAUCUCCAGGCUCGAGGUCUUUUUUCACAGAUAUCAUAGGAUCUAUCUCAGACAUCAAGUUUGCCAAGGAUGGAAGACAUAUGCUAAGUCGUGACUACUUGACCCUUAAGUUGUGGGACAUAAAUAUGGACUCUGGUCCAGUUAAAACUUUCGAGGUUCAUGAAUACCUUAGACCUAAGCUUUGUGAUUUGUAUGAAAAUGAUUCCAUCUUUGACAAAUUUGAGUGUUGUCUAAGUGGAGAUGGACUUCGAGUGGCUACUGGUUCGUACAGCAAUCUGUUUCAAGUGUUUGGUUGUUCUGAAGGUAGUAAGGAAGCAACCACACUGGAAGCUAGCAAAAGCCCGAUGAGGAGACAAGGCUUGACAUCUAGGCCUUUAAGAUCCCUUGGUAGUCCAUCAGGUGUUAUUAGACGAGGGAAAGGAGCAGAUAAUGCAGCACUCGACUCAAAUGGAAAUACUUUUGAUUUCGCUACAAAGCUGCUACAUCUAGCAUGGCAUCCAACUGAAAACUCUCUCGCUUGCGCCACAUCAAACAGUCUAUACAUGUAUUAUGCAUGAUAAUGAUCAACGAAGCUCGAGAUGGUUUUCUUUUCAGGGCAGAGCUCAUCACUUGGCCUUCUUCCCAAAUUGAUGAUGCCGAAGCUGCAGCAGUUUAUCCUAUCUCGGUGAUUUAUUGAAAAUUUCUAGGCUUAAGUAUAAAAAAAUACCCUUCGACUAAAAUUAAAUAAUUGUCCAAGCCCUAUCAUUUUAUUACAAUCAA